AUUCAUCACCUUCCUCUCUCCAUCCCUGUGUGUGCGCGCGCUGCAUCAUACACAGCCCGUGUCUCUGCGUCUACGUGCACACACGUACAUCAAACCCUACACACACACACGCACGCGCGCGCACAUUUACACACACACGCACGUCUAUACAUUUUACUGUGUACGUAAUAUAUUUCAUACAGACGUACACACACGCACAGGCGUACACACACACACGAAGAUUCUACAGCUUACUAGGCAAUCGGCUAUCAAGGCAGUGCCGUGUUCAUCAAAUGGAGAUGGAUGUGGUGGCUCAGCUACAGAAGGAGAGGCUGCAGACCUUGACGGAGAGAAGAAGCAGACAGGAGGACAUCGAGAACAAGAAGAGGGCGCUCGAAGAUGAGAAGUUAAACCUGCAGCAUUUCAAGACGAAGGUUCUGCGUGAGCGCUGGCUCCUGGAGGGAGCGCCGGCCGGCUCGGCCGAGGAGCAGGAAGCCGUGAAGAACCAGCUGGCGGAGAACGAGCAGCGCUCCAAGCAGCUGGAGGAGACCAUCCACAGGUAUGGCGCGGCACGGCGUGAUACGGUGAAUCUGCUUCCGCCUCAAGCGCCAAACUUGUGCAGUGUCAACCUGCCGAACGCCCCCAUUGAGAAAGUCCGAAAAGGAACCCAUCCGCAUCGCAUCGCCAUGCUGCCCGUGUGCCGCUCCCAUUUCGGCUGUUGGUUCAUCUGGGGGGCAUCUCCACACAACGGGAAGGUUGUCAGCUCCUUGGCAUGGGAAAGGACCACCACGGCCACACUGCCCCUGUGA